AUGGCAUUAAUUACCCUAUUAAUUACUAAUAUUCCCCAGGGGGGGUCCGGGGGGGGUCGCCUUCCCCUCCCCCCUCUGGGGGCGACCCUGGCGCGGCUCCGGGGGGCGCUGGAGGCGCUGGGGGCGGGGCCGGAACCGGAACCAGAACCGGAACCGGGACCGAGAACCGAACCGGGACCGGAACCGGGACCGAGAACCGAACCGGGACCGGAACCGGGCCGGGAGCAGAACCGGGACCGGGACCAGGAACUGGAGCGGGACCAGGUUCGGGAACGGGAUCGGAACCGGGACCGGGAUCGGGAUCAGAACCGGAAUCGGAACCAGAACCGGGAUCGGGAUUGGGAUUGGGAACGGGACCGGAACCGGGACCGGGAUCGGGAUUGGGAUCGGAACCGGGAUUGGGGACGGGAUCGGAACCGGGACCGGGAUUGGGAUCGGGAUCGGAACCAAGAUCAGAACCAGAACCGGGAUUGGGACCGGAACCGGGAACGGGAUCGGGACCGGAUCCGGAACCGGGACCGGAACCAGAACCGGGAUCGGGAUUAUUGGGAUCGGGUUUGGGCCUGGAACCGGGAUCAGAACCGGGAUUGGGAUCGGGAUCAGAACCGGGAUCAGAACCGGGACCGGGAUCAGAACCGGGACCGGGAUCGGGAUUGGAACCAGAACCGGGGCCGGGAAUGGGAACGAGAUCGGGAUCGGAACCGGGAAUGGGAUUGGGAUCGGGAACAGGACCGGGAUCGGGAUUGGGAUCAGAACCGGGACCAGGAUUGGGAUCGGAACCGGGAUCGGGAUCAGAACCGGGAUCGGAACCGGGAUCGGGAUUGGGAUCAGAACCGGGACCAGAACCGGGACAGGGAUCGGGAUUGGGACCGGGAUCGGGAUCAGAACCGGGAUCGGGAUCAGAACCGGGAUCAGAACCGGGAUCGGGAUCAGAACUUCACACCAGUACGGGACUGGUGCUGCCCCGGCUGGACUGGGAGGACUGGAGGGGGCAGCUCUGAUCGCCUCAACCGCGCCUCCCUGGGGCGGAUCCAGAGGAGCCUCCUGGUGCUGAGCCUGGACUCACCUGUGCUGACGUCACCGGGGGGGCGGGGCCUGGAGGGCGGGGCCGCCCAGGUGCUGCACGGGGGCGGGGCCGGCGCCAACAGCGCCAAUCGCUGGUGGGACAAAACGCUGCAGGUGAGCUCACCUGUCCCGGUGGGCGUGUCCCAGCUGGUGAUUGGCCAGGACGGCACCUGCGGCUCCCUCUUCGACCCGGCCGUCAUCGACGGCGCCGCCGUGGCCGAGCUCCUGGACCACGCCCUCCAGCACAGGUGA